AUGGCCUGGGGCAAGAGCAAGACCCGCCGCGGCUCGAGCGCCUCUGCGUCCUCCGCGCCUCGCGCUUCGUCCUCCGGCGGUCGCGGCGGUCGUCGCCGCCCACCCGGAGAGCCCACGGAGCAGGACAUCGCGCGCAGCAUCCAGCAGAGCGCCGUGCGCGUGCGCGUCACGCUCCAACUAGCGGCCGCAGAACUCGACUCGCCGUCUCUGCGCGGCGUUCUGGCCGAAUUCGAGCGCGAUCUGGAGGCGCGACGCGGCCCUGCAGUCUCUCGCAGCCUGGACGCGCGCGUGGAGCUGCUGGAGUGCGGGCUGAGCUCGUGGCAGCAGCUGCACCAGCAGCUCGCGGCAAAGACAACGUUGCGUCACGACGCCAAGUACGAUGAGUGGACGCUGGCUUUGGGCUUCACACGGGCGUCGGAGGAUGCUCUCUGGGCGUUUGCGAGCAGCCUCAUGCUGAGACUUAAGAGCAGUGGGGUGCUUUCCAGAGUGCUGCUGCCCCCGCAUCGCCUGACGCUGCCGCUGGCGUCAGCGUUCGUCGAGUUUGGGAAGGGGGAGAUCGGAGAGUAUCGAUGGGAAGGACAGCAGACGUGGACGCAGGUGGUGGUGGAGGGCGUCGGAGAGCGGAGGGAGGAGAUCCAGCGCGUGCUGCUACCCCCCACUCGUGACGAUUCUUCAAAACCUGUUGUGGUCAUUUUACGCGGCAUUCCCGGGAGUGGCAAGAGCACGUUGGGAAGAGAGAUUGGGGCGAUCUGUCGAGAACGUGGUGCGGCAUUCACGGCGUGCUCAGCAGACUUCUUCUUUGAGACUUCUCGAGGGUAUGUGUUUGAUGUCAAGAAGCUUGGCGCAGCUCACAGCAAGUGCAAAGGGGAUUUCACGAGGGCGGUCCAUGGAGAUACGCCACGCAACCAAGGCGGUGGUAAGCAGCGUCGACCCCAUCAGCAUGUUGUUCUUGUUGACAAUACGAGCACGCAGAGGUGGGAGUAUGAACCGUACGAAGAAAUUGCUCGGUCGAUUGACUGUCACGCUCACAUUGUGGAAAUGAAGUGUCCGGACGUUCUCACUGCCUAUCGAAUGGGUCAGCGAAAUUCGCAUGGAGUCCCUCCAGACAAAGUGGUUAGCAUGUUCAUGCGGUGGGAAGAAGACCCGCGUGCUCAGGUUUUUACGCCGCAGUUUGAACAUGCUGCGCUUACUGCGAAUCCUCUCUCGGAUGGCGAAGUUGGUGGAGUGACCUACCUUGGCCUCUUUCUGGACGAAGAGGCCCAACAGAAGAUGCUGGCAAAAGUACCGCUUGAACACCCCAACAAGCUAGCUGAUCACGUGACACUGUUUUACCGACCCAAUAAGCAGUACACCCGAGACGCUGAACUUGGUGCACCGUUUACUGUUCGUGGAGUUGAAGUUGUUCAAGACGAACACGGCCAAACACUUCGGGUGGAGCUGGAUGAGCAGCUACCGUUGCAAAUGAGGAACAAAGUGCCACACAUCACGAUGUCGACGCAAGACGGUGUAAGUGCAUCG